CAGGUGUAUGAGCCACCACGAUUCGAUGCUCCUCGGACAAACUAUUGCAACAUGAUUUGCAAUCGCUGGACAGGGUAUACUGCUGGCUGCUCUCUCAGGGCUCCGAAUGAAUGAAUCGUCUUUCGGGAAAUGAAAAUCGAACCCCUAGAAACGAUGAUGAUGAGGCUUGACGACGAAUUGUUAUUGGAGACUCCGGGUAAAGGUUGCGGGAAGCUUGCCGCCUGUCAUCCGAACACCUCCGACUUGCAACGCGACCCCACCGACUGCGACAGGUCGUACCAUAGUAGCUUGACCUCUGCUCUGGUUGUUGUGGUGGUGAUGAUGAUCCUCGAGGACGCAUUUGUAACACACAAUUCGCUGACAAAAUAGCGGUAGUGGCGCAAAUAUCAGCCUCGGACUUCGCUCGCUCUUUCACAGUCGUCCUUUCCACAGGUGUGCAGGAAUGGCAGCAAUCAAGGCAAAUUGUCGCAAAGUGAUUUGCAUUGGCAGAAACUAUGCUGAUCACAUCACUGAGCUGAACUCAGCUCGGCCAGCGCAACCUUUCUUCUUCCUCAAACCUCCCUCCUCCAUCCUCCUGCCGAACAAAGGGCCUAUAAUUCGACCCCGGGGAGUGAACUUGCAUCAUGAAGUCGAGCUCGGUAUAGUCAUCGGCGAGACUCCAAAUGGAGCUGGGUUGAAAAACUUGCAAGCGUCUGACUCUAGAAUCCUGAGUUACAUCAAGUCCUACUUCCUCGGUAUAGACUUGACUGCCCGAAAUGUGCAAGACGAAGCAAAGAAGAAGGGACUUCCUUGGAGUAUAGCCAAAGGAUUCGAUACCUUUCUGCCCAUCAGUCAUGAGAUUCCCUUUGACCGGAUACCGGAUCCUCAUGAUGUCGUAUUGUGGUUGAGCGUCAAUGGUAAAAUGCGGCAAAAUGAUAGCUCGAAGCUGAUGUUGUUCGACAUUCCCAGGAUGAUGAGCGACAUCAGCAAGGUCAUGACGUUGGAAGAGGGCGACAUCAUUCUGACAGGAACUCCGAAAGGCGUUGGUCCGCUUGUUGGAGGAGAUGUCGUCAAAUGUGGUCUCGAAGCAGACGGGAGGGAAGUGGUGGAGGCCAAAAUCGAAGUCGAGGUGGUAGACGACACCACAGAAGGCGGCUAUGAAUUCAAGGAAACCUGAUACUUCAGCAGGCAUCUGGCCACUGAAGCCCUAAUGAUCAUGUUAGCAUGGACGUCGGCGGGUUGCCGAAAAUGCGUAAUUACGACACGGCCUCAGAAAAGCAAACUCUCAAUUGAAACAUUGUUGCAAGCCUUCGAACUGGACUCUUUCGGCAUUCUCUGCUUCAGCUCUGACUGUUGGGAUGCAUCCUCACUCGUCGCUCGAGGUCGGCAAUAUUGGGAUCUCUGGUGGUGGUGGCAGAGGAAGUCGUCGCUCUGAACGCUUGUGCCGAAUUGCUGGCAACUCUAGCCCAAUAGUUCGUUUCGGCGGCUGCCUGUACAGGUAUGGCACAUCAUCACUGCUCUCCUCUGCCACCCCCGGGAGUCUUCGCUUCUGUGGUACAAGCCGCGGGACGGAGGCCACCGGGUCUCUGACCUGGCUGGGGUGACGAUCCAAACGUUGCUGCAAUGUGGACUCGUGCCGAUCCUUUCGAAUAUCUUGGGCCACACACUGCGGCUGCAAUGCACGGCGAAGGAAUUCUUCAUUCCCAUCUCCAUGUGCUUCUUGCGUUUGUCCCUCGUCAAACUUGUGCUCGGAGACGUCUUCGGCGCUUCCAUUCUGCAUUUCUGUAUAGCUUAGCCUGGGGUUCAUGUCAAGCCUUGUCUCCGGGACACGAGAUUCCGGCCCUUUGCGUCGUGAGGACAUCUUGAUCCCUUUUCCUUUCCGUGAAUACAAACUUUGUAUGUUCUUUCCUUCUUCUAGUGCUGGUGGUUCGAGGUGGGUCAAUGGCCCGGACUCCGGGGCAACAAGUAAGCGCAACUCCAGAUGCCGGGUGGCCCCUGGCUGCAGGCUUGUCCAAGCACACUUCUCUUUUUUGUUUCGGUUUGUACUCCAUUUGCUGCAAUAUUUGCCCAAUCUUCUCAGAGUAUCCAGCUGCGACCGAGGUAGUGGAGAUGUCGUCCAUCUGCGAGUGUUCAGGGAUUUGCGAGCACAUAUCGCCGAACGAGUCUGAAAGAUUCCCUCGACAUAUCUUCGCACAAUGAUCUCCUCGAACCUUUCAAACCUCUUCUGCCUGAGUGUGUUGACUUUGGCGAGUUGUGUGGCCUGAGCUUGUGGUUCUGGUCGAGAUCAGAAGGUAUCGCCGGCUGGCCGGUGAUCUUGGUGGCACCAUGACCCAGACUUAGUGGAGGGGGAACGGAUACGCCGUGCAGUUUCUCUGGCUGAGAGUUCUGGACUUGUACAGCAGCGUUCUCUCCUGGAAGAGAAGUCAGACAACCUUCUUGAUCACUUCUUCGCAUAAUAGCCUGAUACGAAGGGCGAGGACGUGGGAGAAGUGCUGAGACCGCCAGGUGGUUUAGUCUACCGACAAGUGGUUCGAUAAUUGUCUUCUCGGCUUUCUUCUCAAUCGUGACCUCCAGCUUCUCGACUCGAGCGUUGAUCGCAUCCAGAUGAUGUUGGUGUGCACCAGUCGUCCUCUGGCGGUCAAUCCUCUCCUGCUGAACGUGUCCCUGGAGCAAUCGUAUAUCUGCCAUCGCAUUCUCGAGGGCUUGUUCGUUGGCCAGUUGAAUUUUGGACACUUCUGCCUUCAACUUCUCACCGUCAUGUCGAAGGCGCUCGAUCUCAGGGGUCUGUUCUUCGAAUCUUGCUGCUUGCAAGUCCCGCAGGGAGUGUGCUCUUGCAGAAUCAGUACGGCAUUCUUGGACGAUGACACUGAGCUCUCUCAAAUCAUCUUGCAUCGAAGUGAGUUGCUUGCGGCAGGUUUGCAUUUCUCCAUGCAAGAAGGCAUUUUCACGUCGCAGUUGAUGAGCUCGAAGGAGAUCGAUGGCAUAGCCUACAGUGGAAUCUCGAUCUGACAGCAUCGUAGAAGCAUGAACUGAUUGGGAGAUUCAGAUUGUCAAGCGAGGGAUUAGCCGGGAUGAGAUUAAUUCAACGGUUACGGGAACGAAGUGAGAUGGAAACUGAGCCUGGCCACGACAAAGCUGGAACGAAGGAGCACACCAUAAUCAGACGGGAUAUUUUCAUAAAUUUCAAUCAAUU